AUGGCGCAUCGCGUCCAGGGAGUGGGCGCGGCGGGCGCGGAUGAAGUGAUGGAUGUCGACAGAGGGAAUAGGGGCGGCAUGGCACACAGCCGCCACAACCCUAACACCACGAUCGCGAACAGCACGCAGUGCAACCAGACCGAGACCGAACCUGCCCAGGGGCGGAAGCGACCAGUAGCCGAUGUUAUCACAGAUUUCAUAAAAGAGCUUCAGGACCAUAUUCCCCCAGCGGUACUAGGAAGAGUGCGAGAGGCCAUAAACUUUGUGGCAGAGACUGCCCGGCAAGAGGCCGACCCGGGCAAUAUCUGCACCCCCAUCGGAACCCUCACACAGACGAUCGAGACCGCAGUUAACAAGGCUAUACAGAAUCUCCCAAAACCUGCUGCAGCCCCUGCCACGUGGGCAUCUAUCGCCGCACGAGGGCUCGCAGCCGCCGUACCACCCCAACGCAGCCCAGCUCCCCUUACGGUACCCCCCCGUAUCCACCGCGAAGUCCUUAUUAAAGGAAACACUAUAAGCGAAAUCCUCCAAAACCGCACCCCAAUCGAAAUCGUUGACGCAGUCAAUAGGGCUACCGCCGAGGGAGCAGCGGUCGCGGCCCGCAGGCUCCACAGUGGCGAUACGAUCGUCACCUUCAAAGAAGAAAAAGCGAAGUAUGCCACGGAUACGACCUAG